AUGCAGAAAAUAGGAAUACACAGAAAAAGAAAAUAUAGAAGACCAAUAAUAAUUUUUGAUAUUACAGAAUCAAAAGUGGCUCUAGUUUACGGCCAGAUGAAUGAAGCGCCUGGAGCUCGCAUGAGAGUUGGUUUGACUGCCCUAACUAUGGCGGAAUAUUUUCGAGAUGUUAAUGAACAAGACGUACUUCUAUUUAUCGACAAUAUCUUCCGUUUCGUCCAAGCAGGAUCCGAAGUAUCGGCCUUAUUGGGUAGAAUGCCUUCCACUGUCGGUUAUCAACCUAACCUGAGUACCGAAAUGGGUACUUUACAAGAAAGAAUUACUUCUACCAAAGAAGGGUCCAUAACUUCUAUUCAAGCAGUUUAUGUACCUGCAGACGAUUUGACCGACCCAUUGAUCAGGUCAUGUAGGAACAAGGUUCAAGUCUACCGGUCUGUUAGAAUGCCUCAGCUGCAUACAUCACUGCACUUCCACUUGACACCUAUCGUAAUGAUAAACGGCUCGUCUCGUCGUGACCUUCUCUUGAAUUCUCAAAACUUCUGUCGCUCCAUCCCCGCAGGGGCAGAGAACCCGUCGCUGUCUCGGCUGUGCUACCGGAAGCUCUGGGGAAGUCGGAAUAGGAGAGCACUCAUCUUGGGGUGGGCUUACUACUUAGAUGCUUUCAGUAGUUAUCCGCUCCGCACUUAA